AUGGCAUUAGCCAGCGGUCACUGGCUGGAGAAAGAAAUGAGGGGAGAAGCCCCAAGUCCCAGGUAUGGACAUGCUUUAGCUGUGGCAGGAAAUGUCGCCUUCCUGUUCGGAGGAGCCUCCAGCAUCAACCAGAAGGACAACCUUGUUUACUUCAAUGACUUCUACAUGUUAACAGUUUCUCCUGAUGAUGUGAGCUGGGAGGAGAUUCCUCAGAGCGGAGAGGUUCCCUCAGCCAGAGAAGGACACACUCUCUGUGUUGUGAAAGGCAAGUUGUAUCUGUUCGGUGGAGAGUCCAGCCCUGACGCCACUGAGUGUCUCCCAGGAGUCCACAGCUUUGACAUAGUGACUCUGACCUGGGAUUGCUUAGCAACUGGAGGUAUUACCCUCAGGACCCUCAGACACAGCUCUGCUGUGGUGGGAGACAACAUCUAUGUGUAUGGAGGCAUUCUGGGAGGGAGUCCAACCGACGACCUCCUGGUCUUCAGCACAGUGUCUCUCACCUGGACGCCCGUUAAAACCAGUGGAUCACUGCCUCCUGCUCUGUGUGAUCAGAGUUUCGCCCUGGUUGGAGAUCAUGUGUUCAUGUUCGGAGGUUACGGAGCAGGUGGAGACUUCUGUAGAGACCUCCACGUCCUCAACACAGAGGACCUGAUAUGGCAGAAAUGGGAGGUGAGGGGAGAAUCACCUGCAGCCUGUACCAGACAAACACUGACUGCUCACCAUGAUAAAGACAUCUACUUGUUUGGUGGCAGAAGCACAAAUGAGGACGGGACAGUGACGUCGUCCAACGAAAUCCAUAAACUCAGCAUUGCUAAGAUGAAGUGGAAGCUUCCGCUGUACGUUGGGAUUCCUCCGGCUCGUCGCCACGGACACACAGCCUUCAUCCUCCACAGUCAUCUGUAUGUGUUUGGAGGAAAGAAUGAAGAGCAGGAGUUUAAUGACCUGAAGGUGAUGAAGCUCAUCAACCCCUCAGAGAGACAACCAGUGAUGAAGGAGAUUCUGUCAGAGUUUGGUCUUCAGGGACUCAGCCACAGCUUCACCCCCACAAAGGUCCCCAACGUCCGCUAUGAGCUGAGCGAGUCUGCUCCAUGCAGCCUGUCCAGGAACACAGCAGCUACUGCACAAGUGUUUGUCCACAGAGACUUCAGUGCAGUUCGAGAUCAGGCCAUGAAAAUGAUCCAGACCGCCUUCACUCUGCUGGACCAGGAGUUCCAGAAACUGGAUCGAGAGAAGUCAGAGUUAUCUAAAGCUGCUGCUGCUCUGCAAAGGGAGAAAGAAGCUCAUGAUGCCCACAGACAACAGCAGCAACAGGAGCUGCAGGACAUGUUGGACAGACAUCGCUCUCAGAAUGAGACCUGGCUCCGAGCCAGGGCUGAGGAGAACGACAGAGAGAGGAGGGAGCUCUGCAGACUCCGAGAGGACAUGUUGCUGGAGCAGGAGAGGCUGAAGGACGAGCAGAGCAGCAUCCAGAAACGCAGCGAACAUCUUCUGUCCAUCAUGCAGCAGUUCAAAGGAAUGUGAGACAGAUAGAUAGAUAGAAAGAUAGAUAGACAGAUAGAUGGUCUUGACCCUUUGCCUUUUGUCUUUCAUCCGGAUGGGGGUGG